GGAGAUGGGAGGAGACAUGGGGAGAUUGGGGAGACGUGGGGAGAUUGGGGAGACGUGGGGAGAUGGGAGGGGCGAAGAGGAGAUGGGCGGAGAUGAGAUGGGAGGAGAGGAUUCGGGAGGGAGGACACGUGUGCUCGACACAAUGCCGUAUCAAUGUGCAUAAUUCAAAACACGUUUACAGAUGGAUGUGAAAUGAGUCAGUGGUGGACAUUCCACAUCCCUAUGGCGGAGACCAGCCUAUACAUAGGACAACCACUGUUGAUCUCCCCCACAAAGUGAUACCCAUUUUAUCGACCCUGCAAAGUAUAAUGGGCUGAGUCAACCCCCAAUCAGGAUUUGAGCUCGCGACGUUCCUUCCGAUGGCGAGCCGCUCACUCCACCCCAGAGCCAAGCGGCCGGAGGUCAAAUCCAGAUGACCUCCGUGACGUCCCAACCAUGGGGGCAUGUCGUGGGUGGUCAUCAGCAGGCCAAUGUGGCACAGCAAUUUCAGUUAUUGUACGUUUCUGUAACUUAUCAUCGGACUGUUAAUAUCGGUUAUCAGUUUGCCACAGAUACAGAAAUGUCCAGCAAGUGCCAAGUAGCGUCUUCAUUACUGGAACAUUCCACUGGAAUCGGUGACUGGUUCCUAACCAGUGAAACGUGCGAGGCCGUCGCUUCGCCCUCCAGCCCGCGGCUGCCGCGAGCGAGAGAAGAAGAGGAGGAGGAGGGGAGGAGGAGGCGACUCGAGGGGAGCGAAGAGGCCUCCAGCCCGGGGCGGGCCGCGGCGCCUCCCUCCGCCUCCCCACGGCCAUGGGCAGCGGCGCGGCCAGAGGCGGGGCCCUGGCCGAGUGAGGGCAGCAGCGGGGCCCUGGUCACACGAGGCGGGGGGGAGAGCGAGAGGGAGCAGGGCCUUGCACAGAGGAGACAGGCGACCGGGGGCGAGCUGGGCCCCGAGGAGGCGAGCUGGGCCCCCUGCGCCAGGGCUCCGGGCCCCGGGGAGAGGAGGAGGAGGGAUCCGCGCCGCCGCGAUGAGAUGAGGCGGAGGCGCUGCGCCUUGGCCGUGCUGCUCGUGUGCGCCGCCGCCGCCGCCUCCUACUUCUCCUGGAUGCUGGCCUUCAAGCCCGCCUCGCUCGGUUUUGUGGAUGGAUCGCCUCUCCGGGAGAUGCGCUUGCUGCAUGAGCGCCUGCAGGCGGCUGAGCAGCUGAGUGUGCAGCGAUCGGAGGACCUCCACCGGAUCUUGGCGCAAGUGUAUCGUGCCGUCUACAGCAAGACGUCAACCGACAACGACUCCUGGGCGGCUCUGUCCAACGAGACGCAACGUCUGCUGAAGGAGCUGACCCUGCACGGCAGCCUGCACGUACCCAGCAUCUACCAUUACCUGCCUCACCUGCGCAGCCAGCCCCACGGCCUACAGCCGCUGGUGCACGCCAGCGCCAGCCGCACUGGCGUGUCCAUGGUGCUGGGAGUACCCACGGUGAAACGGAAGGUGCAGAGCUACCUUAUCGACACGCUCAACUCGCUCAUCCACGAGCUGUCGCCCACUGAGAAGGAUGACUGCAUCAUCGUCGUCUUCAUCGGGGAGACCAACGUCCACCACGUGAGCGAGAUCGUCGAGGAGCUCAAGACUGGGUUUGCAUACGAAAUCAACUCGGGGCUCUUGGAGGUCGUGUCUCCGUCACCCAGCUACUACCCGGACCUCGGCAACCUGAGAGAGACCUUCGGCGACUCCCUGGAGAGAGUCAAAUGGAGAACGAAGCAAAACCUGGACUACUGCUACCUGAUGAUGUACGCUCAGUCCCGUGGCCACUACUACCUGCAGCUGGAGGAUGACAUCAUGGCCCGGCCCAACUACUUCAGCCUCAUUAAGAAGUUUGCUGAGCAGCAGUCACUGGAGGACUGGAUGAUCCUGGAGUUCUCCCAGCUGGGAUUCAUCGGGAAACUGUUCAAAUCGUCGGACGUGAACAUGCUGGUGGAGUUCAUCCUGAUGUUCUACAGGGACAAGCCCAUCGACUGGUUACUCGACCACAUCCUCUGGGUCAAGGUCUGCAAUCCCGAGAAGGAUGCGAAACACUGCCAGCGGCAGAAGGGGAACCUGCGUCUGCGCUUCAAGCCGUCGCUGUUCCAGCACGUGGGCCACCACUCCUCGCUGGCCGGCAAGGUGCAAAAGCUCACGGAUCGUGACUUUGGGAAGCCUCAGCUGCACAAGUCAUACCCGAACCCGGGUGGGGAGGUGAGCACCAGCCUCAAGGUGUACCAGCACCACUCGCUCGACAAGGCAUACCAAGGCCUCGACUUCUUCUGGGCCCUCACGCCCGUCGCCGGGGACUACAUGCUCUUCAGGUUCAGCCAGCCCGAGAAGAUCAGCAGGUACCUGUUCAGGAGUGGGAACAUCGAGCACCCAGGAGACAAGCUCCACAACACCACGGUGGAGGUGCUGCUCGCACAGGGAAAGGAGACCGGGCAGGAGGCAUUGCAGGACAUCAAGGACAAGAUUCCUGGCCUUCAGUUCACAGAUGAUGGUUAUUUGAGGAUAGGAGCGUUUGUAAACGGCGUGGCCGAGGCGACGGUGGGCCCCGCGCUGGGUCCCGUGCGAGCCAUGCGUCUCUGCAUGCUCUCCGACUCCCCCGUGUGGGUCAUCCUCAGUGAGAUUCAGAUUGAGAGGCGGAUGACGGGGGGUGGGGUGUGAGCCGUGCAGAGGGAGACGGGUUCGGUGCCAAAGAAAAGCUGCGACUUGGACACAGUCUACGGCAGUCCUGCCCUUCGGCCAUCGCCAGGGCGGGCUCCUUGUGCCGCCCGCCCCGGCGCGCCUCACAGAUGUAUAUUUUAUUGUGUCGAUUACCGUGGGUGGCUUGGGUGCUGGGUAACAUUAUUUAUUUAACAAAUGAGACCGAAUUUGCCACCUAUCGCAUUCUCAGGCUGGGUUAUGAUUUAGGGUCAUGCUUUGUCUUGUUGGGAUGACACGUCGCGUUCCUGGUGUCCACGUCGUCUUCCCUGGGAUCCACGUCGUGUUCCUGGGGUCACAUGGCAUGUGAUUGGGAGUUGCGUGCCUGCAUUGUCUGCACAAGUUGCAAGGCCUACCCCAGGCCAGCCUUUGUCUGCCGCCUGCCCUUCUCAUCAGAGCUGUGUGAUUUUAUAUCUGAACUAGGGUUGUUAAACAAUAACCGGUAACCGUUAUCAGAACCGGUUGCCAGUUCCGGAACUGGUAACCUAUUGCAGUGGAACGUUUGUGAUGAACGCGCGGAUUGGCUCGCGUGAGCAUAAAAACAGCAUGGCGCAGGCCUAAGUCACCGCGUGAUCCAUGUGUUCUCGAUUCUCAGUUAAAGGUGCAGCCCUGCAGUUGCUUACUCAAGCCACUGGUGGCAGAAUGGCCUCCACGAGAGAGCUCUGAAGAGGGCAUUUGGUCUCGCUUGUACCAUUGUUUUAAUUGCCAUGCCCGGAGAUGAAAUCGAAUCGGUGACCUCUGUAUGGCGUGCCCAGUGCGCUGCUCGCCAUCACUCCGCUGUGGCAGCUACACUUGUCUCAGCUAAAAUGAUGGAACUCUCCCCUUUGUAUCUGUAGACGUUUCUGUCCAUGCGGCAAACUGGUAAAUAACCGGUUUUAUAUUUCAUGUGGUUACCGAUUAUGCGGAAAACCCGAUUUUAACUGCGCUUGUGCGAGAGUGCUCCACGAGUCUGCCGAUCCUGUGCGAUGCAGUCGCUGGGUUUAUGCAACAAAGAAUGUGGCCGGGACGCCGCUGCUGCUGCUGCCUCUGCCGAUCGUGGGUUUUGUACCGAAUAAUGCCGACUCUCUCCGUAGGGACGGGGCGUUUGUACCGUUUCACUUUUAAUAACAAGACGUGUGUCAUUUUAAAACUCCGCACGUGGACGUGUUUAAUUCAAUUGCCAUCAUUUCAAGAAGUAAAUAUGUGUAAAGAAUGACGGCAAAAUAAUAGUUUUUGUGUCCCAGCGCCACUGCCAAGGACCGGUGCGUGUGCUCUCACAGCGAUGUUUUAUUAAACAUGGAGAGUUUGAA